UGCUCGUUUCAAAGCAGCGUUAAGUCCACCAGGUACCGAAUGAGUUGAGUUCUCUCUAUUGGCCUCUGCUGGGCUGAGCGGCUCUUUGCCUACUGUCAGAAACACCAGAAAACUGACUUCUCCUGAAAGGAGGCGAAGGGUUUCUGAUGAAAAAUGUGGCUGGAUAUUUUGCAAGAAGUUUCUUUAAGCCUUUCCUGUCCUUCCUAAAUACUAUUGCAUGCCUGAAGAAGUUUGGGAUAGUCCUGGUCAGCAGCCUGUCAGUCAGACUUCUAUCUUUAAUACAGAGACGUAACAAUGUUUGCUUUGAAAGUUACGUAAAUCACAAGUCAUCCCUGUCAUGUGAAUGCAGACCUCGCAGUCGGAAGGAAAAAAAGGUGCCCCAAAUGAAGAAGUUUGCCACACAUACAUGAAUUAUAAUACUGUUGGAACUGAAAGACAAGAAGUUUUCACCUUCUGGAACAUAGAUUUCAUGGAUUCAAAUUCCAACAGUGUGGUUGUAACUGGUUUUGGUCCCUUUAGACAAUACCUGGUUAAUUCUAGCUGGGAAGCAGUGAAGGAGCUGUCCAAGAGAGGCCUUGGCAAUAACAUAGAUCUCCGUACCAUGCAGCUGCCGGUGGCUUACCAAAAAGCAAAGGAGCAAAUCUUCAAGAUAUGGACAACUCUCAAGCCACUACUUACUGUUCACGUUGGGCUGGCUUCAGCCGCCAAAGGACUCAUCAUCCUUGAGCAGUGUGGGAAGAACAAAGGCUACCAAGAGAUGGAUGCUUGUGGUUUUCUCCCAGAAGGUGCCUGUUGCAUGCUAGAUGGCCCGGAAAAGAUUGAAUCUGCAAUUAAUAUGAAGACUCUCUGGAAAAACAUUUCAGUGGAAGAGAUUGAGAUAAUCUUUUCUAGAGAUGCAGGAAGGUACAUCUGUGAUUACACCUACUACGCUUCUCUGUACUACGGCAAUGGAAGAGCAGCUUUCAUCCAUGUGCCUCCAUUAUCCCCAUCGGUAACAGCAGACUUUCUAGGAAAAGCAUUACAGACCAUUAUCCUAGAAAUGCUGAAACAGUGUGGGGAAGAGAUGGAGUGAGAUGGAUCAUGUAAGAAAAAAAAAAGAGGAUUUCUCCAGCGAAACAAAAGCCCAUUCCUCAAGCAUCAUAUAAAAAGGACAACAGAUAAACCUAACAACAAGGACAGCUGAUGAGGCUUUGGGCCACCAUUAUGCCUUAUUUUAGUUUGAUGACAAGAACCAGAGGAACUGGGAACACCAAGUUAGUGCCUUUUUGUUUUUUGCCACUGCCUUUUCCAAUGACUGUUGCAGAAAACUGUCAAGCACGUGCUGGAUGCCUCAUCUAUGGAUUGCUGCAAGGGUAAACUAGCAGGCUUUCCUCAAAUAAAGAAGUAGUUAAAUAGAAAGGCUUACCUUAUUCAAGGGAACUACCUACUGCAAACCAGUACUCAAGGUCCCAUCAGAAAAGGGUCCACAAGCUCAGUGUCCCUGGAAAAUACCUUUGAUUUCAAGAUUGUGGCACCACUGAUCUCUGCUGAGAUUUAGUCAGAGCUCAGUUAAAUGCCGCCCCAAAAGGCAGAGUUAAAACAGAGGUGGUUUGCUCUGAGUUUUCCAACCCGU